UGAGCGGAGGUUGGUCUUCUUGGACUGAGUGGUCGGAGUGUAACGCUCGAUGUGGGCGGGGCUGGCAGCGACGGACGCGCAGCUGCACCAAUCCAGCCCCUCUGAAUGGAGGAGCCUUCUGUGAGGGCCCGCCCUUCCAGAGAGUCACCUGCACCACGCUGUGCCCAGUCGACGGAGGCUGGACAGAGUGGGCAAAGUGGUCCGCCUGUGGGACCGAGUGCACCCACUGGCGCAGUCGUGAGUGCCAGGCCCCCCCGCCCAGAAACGGAGGAAAGCACUGCGGCGGCAGCAUGAUGGAGAGCAAAAACUGCACCGAGGGGCUGUGUGCGCGCAAUAAAAAGAUUUCAAUUGAACAUGCAAGCCAUCCACUCGCCCCCGGUAUGGGUGUCGCGGUCUAUGCCGGUCUGGUGGGUGCCCUGCUGCUGUGUGUGAUCCUGGUGUUGUGUGUCGGGGUGCUCGCGUAUCGCCGCAGAUGCCGCCAUCUCCACGGCGACAUCACCGACUCCUCUUCGGCUCUCACCGCCGCCUUCCACCCUGGAAACUACAAGCCUCCCAGACAGGAUAACCCUCACCCUCUGCAUCCCUCUGCCCCUCCCGAUCUGACGGCCACAGCGGGGGCUUUCCGGGGCCCACUCUUCUCCCUGCAGCAGGCAGUGAACGACAGCCCGCACAAGAUCCCCAUGACCACCUCCCCCCUGCUGGACCCCCUGCCCGGCCUCAAAAUCAAGGUGUACAACGGCUCCACUCUCUCCUCCCUGGAGCUCCCCCCGGACAUGUACUUGGGCGACGGGGAGAUCCUCAGCCUGAAGUCGGUGGGCACGGUGGGGAGAGAGCGAGACUACCACAGCCACACGCUGUCCAGGGAGCCCGGGCUGAGCACCAGCGCCACUCUGGGAGCACUGGGAGGACGUCUGACCAUCCCAAACACAGGUGUGAGUCUCCUGGUCCCUCCCGGCACGAUCCCCCAGGGGAAGUUCUACGAGAUGUACCUCAUCAUCAACAAGUGGGACAAAACGACGCUUCCCUCCGAGGGCAGCCAGACCGUCCUGAGUCCUGUGGUGAGCUGCGGCCCGUCCGGCAUGCUGCUUAACCGCCCUGUGGUCCUUACUCUGCCGCACUGUGCCCAGCUCGACACGCCGACGCCUGACUGGACCCUCACGCUGAAGACGCAGACGCACCAGGGCGCCUGGGAGGAGGUGCUGACGGUAGGAGAGGAGACGUUGUCGUCUCCUUGCUACCUGCAGCUGGAGGAGGAGUGCUGUCACGUCCUCAUGGAGCAGCUGGGAACAUACGGCCUGGUGGGCCAGUCCUGCCCCCCUCAGCCCGCCUGCAAACGCCUUCAGCUGGCCCUGUUCGCCCCUCGCGCCCCCUGCCUCUCCCUGGACUACAGCCUGCGCAUCUACUGCAUCCACGACACCCCGCACGCUCUCAAGGAGGUGCUGGACUUGGAGAGGAGUCUCGGUGGAGUUUUGCUGGAGGAUCCCAAGCCGCUGCUCUUCAAAGACAGCUACCACAACCUCCGUCUGUCCAUCCACGACAUCCCUCACACCCACUGGAGGAGCAAACUACUGGCAAAGUAUCAGGAGAUCCCCUUCUACCACAUCUGGAGCGGCAGUCAGAGACCCCUGCACUGCACCUUCAGCCUGGAGAGAGGCAGCCUGGCCGUGUCUCAGCUCAGCUGUAAGAUCUGCGUGCGACAGGUGGAAGGGGAGGGACAGAUAUUCCAGCUGCACACAGACAUUCAGGAGGUAACUGUGACCAGUGAAAUACU